UUGUAUGUAAUUAUGAAAAGCCUUAACGUAGUGAAUACUAGAAGACUAGAUUGGUUUGAGACUGAAGAGAUCAUAUUAAUUGAAAGAGCGAUAUUAUCCAAGACAAAAUGUUUUCGCAAUAGGACAAUGGAUAAGACAUUUGUCGAAGGAAACUUUUGUUUGGAAAAGGAUACAACUGAUACUCUGAAGGAAACUGUAAAGAGAAUAAAAAACCUUUGUGUUGGUCACCCCGCGAAGAAGAGGGAGUACAUACAACAGGGUAUUAUUCCCUCGUUACUAAAACUUAUUGACCGAAAUGACUCAGAGUUAACUUGGCAAAUUUGUGGCACUAUAGGAAUCUUAGCCAACAAUAACGUGACCGGAGCAGAGCAAGUUGUUUCAGCUUCAGGCCUGAGUACCUUACUUUCGUUAUUAUCCUCUAAUGACGAGCGACUAGUGAAACAAGCCUCACAGUGUAUACUUUCAGCAUUGAAAUCUGCAGAAAGCCCUGUAAAGAUUUUCUUGGAGAAUGUUCAACUGUUAGAGAGCGUUUGUAGUUUACUUUGUUAUCCACAGGCACCCACAAGUGUACGAGAAUGCACCUCUGUUAUUCUGACAAGCUGCCUCGAAAAGGCUGAUUUUGAUCAAGUUAUGGACUGGUCUCGAAUAUCAAACUUCUGUUUCGAGAAGAUCAAGUCAUACAACUUGAGUGACCCUAGAACAUUGACGCCCUAUUUAACUAUUUUGAAAUCUCUUACUAUGAGAAAUAGAGAAAUUGGAAAACAGUUUAUCGAACAUAACCUUGUUGAGCUUCUUGUGGAGAUCAUGAGAGGCGUAGACAUGGCUAUGAAAACUCUUGCGUGCAGAGUAUAUACAAAUUUAAUGAACUUUAGUCUUUUAUCAGAAGACCAAGCUUCCAAAGACACUGCAGUUAUCAUUAUGCCUUUAUUGAACAGAAUGUUAUCCAACACAGAUAAAAACAUACGGUUAGAAGGUUGCAAGAUGUUGACUCAAGUUGUUGCUAUCGGAGAAAUCUAUCAAAAACAGGCGUUUGACUGCAACUUGGUUCAUUGUUUGAUAGACCUGGGACGUUGCAUAAGUAUAUCCGAUAUAGAAGCGGCAUGCAUUCUUUUACAAGCAGUAGCGGCUGUAUGUUCUCUUGUGGAGGAAUGUCGUCAUUUAGUAAUCGAAUCCAGAUUGUUUUCAUUGGUGGUCAAUAGUUUGGAUACUUCUUAUCCUGAUUUGAGAAUUGCAGGCUUGUCUGCUUUACGAUCACUCUCUCGUUCAGUUAGAAAUUUACGUGCUUCUUUAGCGGAAGCAGUUUUGAUGGAACCUCUGCUAAGGAGUCUAAGUGAUGAAAAUAAGCAGGUUCAAAUACAAGCACUUUCUACCAUAUGUAAUUUGGUUCUCUAUUUUAGUCCUUUGAAGAACUCAUUUCUUGAAAGCAAUGGCUUGACAACUCUCUUGAAUCUUUGCUAUUCGAAUGAUAAAUCCUUGAAAUACUAUGCUGUAUGGGCUCUUAAGAAUCUUCUAUUUCUUUCUGGUUCCAAAAUGAAAAAGAGAAUUAUUGAGGAGAUCGGAAUGGACUAUAUCUUUUGUUUAAUUGAGAAAGGAGAAGAUUAUUCCUUCCAGGAACAGGGAAUGAACUUACUGCGCAAUCUGACUUGUACUUUUUCAAUAGAAUGUGAAAAGGAAACAAUUUUGGAUUUUAUUGAUGAACAUUGUUAUCGUCUUGUUCUUUGUAUUCAAGAUUCUCUACAAUCUCCCUGCAUGGAAGUUGUAUUACAAGCGUUAUAUGUCGUUUGUAAUUUUGUAGUGGGAAGCGAAAGACACAAACAAGCAAUUUGUAACUCGAAAGUUCCCAUAUUGUUGCUAGAUUUUCUGACCAACCCGAAUUAUCUGAUUCGAAUUGCCGCUAUUUGGUGUAUUAUCAACCUCAUUUGGAAGGAGACGAAUGACAUAAAUGAUGUCGCAAAUCUUGCGGAUUGUCGGAGGGCACGAAUCGCAUCUUUUAUGGAGAUGGGUUAUGAAGAAAUGUUGGAAAAGUUGCUGGUAGAUUCAAAUGUUGAAGUUCGUGGUCGAGCGGAGACGGCCCUUCAGUUACUUCGAGAUCGGACAAUGUCGGAGUCUGCAGAUGAAAAUGAUUAUGAACAAAUGUCACGGGGUAUUUUGCUAUGAGGUGAUAAGUAUUUUAUGGAACUCUUGUUUUGUUGUAAGGAAUGUCAAAUGCCAUUGUCGAUAGGUUUCCAUAUUGAUUAGUUGCUACCAAAAAAAAAGAGUAUUGAUCUUAUUAGAGGCUUUGAUUUCUUCUAUUGCUAUUUGUGAUUUGUUUUCAUUGGCACAGUUAUGGUUUCAAGUUUCUUUUAUACAAUAGUGUUACAGUAAAACAAUGGAAACGUAAGUCAAAAAAAUUAUCUAACAGUAUUGUACAACGUUAUCGAGAAUCGGGUUCAUCCUCUCGACUUUCUGUCUUGGAAUGCAGACACAAUGUUUGCAAAAUGUCUUGAAAAGAGUCUAUCUUGCUUCGCAUCUGACUCACUUCAUGUUGAAUCAUAUUCAAUCUUCCAUAAAUGUUUUCAAGCAGUC